AUGGGCCUCAAUUCCAAGCAGCGCCUCGCGCUGGCCAUCUGCGACUUCCUGUCGACCUCGCUGACGGAUGGUACGCUCCAAGCUGAGGAGAAGGACUCCAUUGACAUCGCCAUCAACUGUAUUGGCGAGGCUUUCGGCGUCGACCCCAACGACAAGGACGCUAUCAAAGAGGCGAUCGGCUCUCAGAAUCUAUUCCAGAUCUACUCUGUCUAUGAGAAGUUGAAGACUGCGACCGCAGCGGCCAAGGCCAGCGCCUCCUCCCCCGCUUCCAGCACCGCUGCUGCUGGUUCCUCCUCCGGUCCCGAAUUGACCGAAGAGCAAAAGAAGCAGGCUGAGGCACUCAAGGCCAAGGGUAACGCCGCCAUGGCGCAGAAGGACUAUGCCACCGCCAUCGACUUCUACACACAGGCUAUCGCCAUCAACCCCCGCAACGCCAUCUACCUGUCCAACCGUGCGGCCGCCUACAGCGCCGCGCGCGACCACGUAUCUGCUCAGGCAGACGCCGAAGCUGCUGUCGCUAUUGAUCCGCACUACACCAAGGCCUGGAGCCGUCUGGGCCUGGCCCGCUUCGCGCUAGGCGACGCCAAGGGCGCCAUGGAGGCCUACCAGAAGGGCAUCGAGUACGAGGGCAAUGGCGGCAGCGAGGCCAUGAAGAAGGGCUACGAGACGGCCAAGCGCCGCGUGGAGGAGCUGGCUGCUGAGGAGGCGGCUAAGGCGGCCGGCAGCUCUAACAGCUCUGCCGGCACGCGCGGCGGUAAUGGCGCCGGCAGCAGCGGCCCUAGCCUAGCCGAUCUUGCCGGCAUGUUUGGUGGCGGUGGCGCUGGCCGUGGUGGUGGCGGUAUGCCUGACUUUGCUUCCAUUAUGAACAACCCCAUGUUCGCGCAGAUGGCCCAGAAUCUUAUGAGCAACCCCGAGCUGAUGUCAAACCUCAUGAACAACCCGCGUUUGCGCGAGCUGGCCAGCCAGUUUAGCAGCGGUGGCGGCAUGCCGGAUAUUGGGUCUUUGAUGUCGGAUCCCAGUGUUGCUGAGUUGGCUCGGUCCUUUAUGGGUGGUGCUGGCCGGGGGCGGUAA